GGCCAUAUUCCUGAACCUGGAUCCCUUCUCCGCUGUCAGAUGUCGAGCAGUCUGCAGAGACUGGAAAUAUCUGAGCAAGUCGAGGAGGUUUAUCAAGACAUUUUGCCACAGACUUGGCUUCCUCAAGGCGGGGCAGACCCUGACCGAACUUCGCAAUCCCAGGGGUCAGCUACGCAGCUCAUAUCUCACCUGGUCGCACACCUAUGGUGAAGGUCAGCUGAAAGGGCUUCGAAGCGAAGAUCUCAUGACGUACGAAUCCUUCCUUAGGACCAGCGUACAGCUGGGAAACGCCUGGCCUACUCAGAGAUUCCCUGCGCCUGUGCCUGCUACGACAUCUUCACCAACAGGCGCCGAAAAUGAGGACCUUCGCGAGAUCGGUGUAUCACCACUGUCCGGCGUCGCCAGCAACGCUAGGCACUUGCCAUCGGCAGUGAUCGCCAGACCAUCCCUGCUGAAGAUGUACAGUACCAAUCUACGUCGCUACACACUCUGGCCUGGACAGGCGCUGUAUGAUCGCGCGGACGACUGCCUCGUUGUUUCUCUGUCUGACGAGUGGGGCGUAGCCGUCAUUGAUGCUAUCACAGGUAGACUGCUGUCACUGAAACGACUUCGUGCAGCACAAGGGAGUGCCGGUAAUCAGCUCCGCAUGAGCGAGGGGUGGAUCAUGGAUGCCAGUGGAGAUAGGGAGAUCUGCGUGAGUCAGACCUUCUCUGCUUAUCGUGCCAUGACUCACUCGAGAUACUUCCGUCCAACAUCAGAUCUGGCGCUUCGAGCGUCUAGUUCAAGGGGUAUCAGCACCGCGGCGAGGAAUCCUGCGCAAAUUUGACUUCCUGCAGAUACCACACAAGAUCUGCGUCUUUCGCUGGCGUUUCCCUACUCUGGUCAUUGCGACCGAGGGCUACCACUGCCUCGUGUAUGAUGUCCCCGGAAAGCGCCUCACGCAGGAUAUCUCCCUGAAAGACUUGCCUAUCUACAAAUGGUCAAGCUUUACAUCUGUUGAAUUCGAUCAGACUUACAUCUACAUCGCGUACAACUACUCUGGUCCGAGAGAGAGCGGUGGAUACGAAAAGUCUGCUUUCCUUCAGGUCUACAAGCGGGAGGAUGGCAGGUGCCUCUGGAC